AUGGCUCGGUUCGGGCUCACGCUGUUGUUUAUUCUCUCCGCGAUACCCGGAUGUAAUUGUGAGUCUGAGACGGUGUGGACGGUGUGGCGGAGCGCGCUCUCGUCUGCGGGCAGCCUGUGCGAGAACGCGCACGAGUACCUGGUUUCACUGGUCGGUAAAGAUGCUGUGGAUACCCUGCUAAAAACUACACAAAAGGCCAUAAAGGUGAUGUCUGAGGCUACAGCUAGUGCUCUAAAGGUGGCUGCUGUUUAUGUCACUAAACUGCUGACCGCCGCUGGACUUAAGAUUGAUCUGCCUGUAAAGCACAUCACCCCUGAAGGUGUGAUCUUCGUGGCUCAGUGGGCCUUGCUAGCUGUGAUUGGAUACUGGUUGCUCUCCUUGAUGAUCCAUAUACUCGUCGGUAUUGUGGGGCAAACCCUGUUCUGGCUGAAGGUCGGAUUAGCCAUCGCUGCAUUCGUUAUGAUCCUGAGCGAUACUGGUGCGAGUACUGAAACCACAGCCACAAGAUUAGCUGCUGUGGUUCUUGUCGUCUUGCUGGGCUUUGGACCUUCAUGUUACAGAGGAGACCCCAACGCCCAUCUGGAGGAGAAGGUCAAGAAGAUGGAGAGAAGGCUCAGAGAGGUGGAUAACCCAUACGCAAAUGUAAUACAUGUACAUAUGUAACAUUUUCAUAUAUAACAUAUAUGCCCAUAUUUGUACUAACUACAACCCUGAAUCCGAAAAAGUUGGGACAGCGUGGAAAAUGCAAAUAAUAAAUAACAAAAAGAA